GUCAGUCCUACUGUAGAGAGCUUUGGUUAUCCGUGGAUAUCACACCAUUGCUAUCAUCUCUGACUAUCUCACUGUUCUCUCUCCUGUGUGUCAACGGAUUGACAUAGUAGAGUAGAAAACAAGCAAAAAUAAAAUAAUCUCUAGCAGAAAAUGGCAGAGCUUGGAGCGGGGAGUCUGCUGUUGGGGGAUCCUGCUUUUAAUUACCAAGAACACGAGCUAAAUGAGCGAUUGAAGCGGCUCUACCCGGCCGUGAAUGAGGAAGAGACCCCUUUACCCCGAUCUUGGAGCCCCAAGGAUAAAUACAGCUACAUCGGACUCUCACAGAACAAUCUGCGGGUACAUUACAAAGGCCAUGGGAAGAAUCAUAAGGAUGCUGCAUCUGUGCGUGCCACUCAUCCCAUACCAGCCGCCUGUGGGAUCUACUACUUUGAAGUGAAGAUUGUCAGCAAGGGCAGGGAUGGGUACAUGGGAAUUGGUCUGUCUGCCCAGGGGGUCAACAUGAACAGACUGCCUGGUUGGGACAAGCACUCAUAUGGUUACCAUGGCGACGACGGACACUCCUUCUGCUCUUCAGGGACUGGCCAACCAUAUGGCCCAACUUUCACCACAGGCGAUGUGAUUGGCUGCUGUGUGAACCUAAUUAAUAACACCUGUUUCUACACCAAGAACGGCAUCAGUCUAGGUGUAGCCUUUACAGACCUCCCUCCCAACCUGUACCCCACAGUGGGCCUGCAGACUCCAGGAGAGAUUGUGGAUGCUAACUUUGGCCAGCAGCCCUUUGUGUUUGACAUUGAGGACUAUAUGAGUGAAUGGAGGGCUAAGAUCCAUGGCAUGAUCGCCCGCUUCCCAAUCGGAGAGAGACUGGGGGAGUGGCAGGCAGUGCUUCAGAAUAUGGUAUCCACCUACCUGGUGCAUCAUGGGUACUGUGCCACGGCCACAGCCUUUGCCAGGGCUACAGAGACCUUGAUCCAGGAGGACCAGACCUCCAUAAAGAACAGACAGAGAAUACAGAAGCUGGUAUUGGCAGGGAGGGUUGGUGAGGCCAUCGAAGCCACACAGCAGCUGUACCCUGGGCUCCUAGAACACAACUCCAAUUUACUGUUCAUGUUGAAGUGUCGGCAGUUUGUGGAGAUGGUGAACGGUACAGACAGUGAGGUACGAUGCUUUAGUGUCCGCUCCCCCAAGUCCCAGGACAGCUACCCUGGCUCCCCCAGCCUGAGCCCCCGACAUGGAGCCACCAACCCCCAUCUGCACAGCGCAGGAGCAGACAGCCCAACAUGCAGUAACGGGGUCACCCCUCCCAACAAGAACAAGAGCCACAACAAGUACCCUGGUGUCAGCUCUGCCUCCUCCUCCUCCUCUUCCUCCCCUUCCUCUGUCAAUUACUCUGAGUCCAACUCCACUGACUCCACCAAGUCCCAGCCUCACAGUGGCACCAGCAACCAGGAGACCAGUGACAGUGAGAUGGAGAUCGAGGCAGAGCACUACACUAAUGGGGUGGCGGAGAACUCCUCUACUCGGAUCAUGAACGGCACCUACAAGCAUCAAGAAAUCCUGCAGGCUGAGGACGGCAGCCUGGGAAACGGAGUGGCAGACAGCUGUGCCUCCAGACAGCUGUGUGGAGGGAACCAGGCAGCCACAGAGAGGAUGAUCCAGUUUGGCCGCGAGCUGCAGGGCCUCAACGAGCAGCUGUGCCGGGAAUACGGCAAGAACGCCACGCACAAGAAGAUGCUGCAGGAUGCAUUCAGUCUAUUAGCAUAUUCAGAUCCCUGGAACUGCCCAGUGGGGCAACAGCUAGAUCCAAUGCAGAGAGAAAAUAUCUGCUCCGCUCUCAACAGCGCCAUCUUGGAGUCUCAGAACUUGCCUAAGCAGCCCCCUCUGAUGUUAGCUGUUGGUCAGGCCACAGAGUGUGUCCAGCUCAUGGCUAGGGUCCGCUCAGGCUCCUGUUCCUUCGCCAGAGUUGACAGCUUUUUGCACUAGCCCCAGUCCAGGCAAUGUUCAGGACUGCAAAGAAGAGGACUUUCCAAUGGGUUGCCAGAUGACUGAGGAGAUCAUGUGUUUGAAUUGGUGUGUUGCUUGCCAUUUGGCAGAAGCAGAUGGGCAGGGGAAUGAGUAGAACAUGAGAAGAAAGCUUGUUUUUAAUUUAGUAUUAUCAAAUACAAAAUGUGUGACACUAUUUAAAGAUAAUUAAUUAUUCUGUUUAUCUAGUCAUUUUUGAGUUUUUAUUUGGUCAGUUUGUUGUGCUCAUCUUGAAAAAAAUAAUCUAAUUCCGUUUUUGUUUUUAUGAGUGGAUUUGAAUUCCCUACACAGUAUUUAAAGAUGUUCAUCAUAUCAAAUAAAUUCACAUUGGUAGGCUUUGUCGUUACCAAGCAAGAUA